UAACGGUUACAUUCUUUUGAUAUUUAAAAUAAGAAGUCAGAUUGUGGAAUUCUUUUAGAUGUCAAUUAUAUGAUGUCUUUCUUUCCUCUAAAAUCGACGCAUUGGAGGACUUAUUGAUAUCAUAAUAUUAUCAUUUUGAUGGUGUUUUCGGAAGUCCGACUCUUAAACUUGAGUACUUUAUGAAUUUCUUUUGAUAACAUAUUGCUCACUGGGUAAGUAUAAUUAUAUUUGCGCAUUCAUAACCGUAAUUAUGCAUCAAGGUAAUAUCCGCCGAUAGCAACAAUUUUCAAAUUCUUGCGUAAAUAAUAAUUAAAAAAAAAUAAAAUAAUCAAUAAGAUGUAUGAGUAAACAUAAAAAAUUUGAAAAUUUUCUGAUGCGUAAGAUAAAAUAACAAUGAAGGCAGAUUGCUACUCGUGGACAUUGAUCCAAAACAAAAAGAAUUUUUAAAUUGGUUAAUUUCUCUUCUAUUCGCUUAUCGUAAUGUCAUAAAUUAGUCUCAGAAUAUUUGCCAGCUGUUGUCAGUGGUUUUAUUUUUACGCUCGCGGGUGGUUCUUCAAAAUUAAAAAAUCAAGAUUAAAAAUUCAUUUCAAGUCUUCAGAUCCAUCUUGAUAUCAUUUCAUAGUCUGAGAAACGCUAAAUACAUAGAUAGCAGACACGCUAUGCAAAGUAAAAAAAAAUAAAAAUAAAAUUUUCGUAAUAUAGCGAUCAUCAUUUGAAAAAUGAUAUUUAUUUCACGCUUUAAUAAGACAAUUUCUAACAUAAAAUUAAUAUUAACAUCAAUUAUUUAAAAUAGAAUAAACAUUACAAUAUUAAAAAUUACAAAUUAAACAUCAAUCGAGUGAAAUGAUAAUGUACCUCGAUAUUUAUCGCUUAUCACCGGAACAUCUGCAAUUUAUUUAAACGAAACCAUAAGGAAGCAAAAAGGAAUCCGAGACGUACUUUCUACCGGAAAGAAAUCAAGGAACUUUACGAAACAAUUCAGGACGUGUUCAUUAACAGAGUCUUGAUAUGGCCACGAUGGCUGGAGGGGAAUAUACAUCCGUGAAGGACUUUUACAGGGAUAGGUCGAUUUUUAUAACCGGAGGUACGGGUUUCAUGGGUAAAGUUCUCGUCGAGAAGCUACUCAGAUCAUGUCCAGACAUCAAGAACAUCUAUCUUCUGAUGAGACCCAAGAAAGGCCAAGAUGUGCAAGAGAGGUUGCAAGAACUCUUAAAUGCACCGCUAUUUGAGAAAUUACUGCGGGAUUCUCCGGGCGAGCUGUCGAAGAUCAUACCCGUGGCUGGUGAUGUUACGGAGCCGGAACUGGGCAUCUCGGCAGACGAUCAAGAUAUGUUAAUACGAUCCGUAUCGGUCGUUUUUCACUCAGCGGCCACCGUUAAAUUCGACGAGGCGUUGAAACUCUCAGUCACCAUAAAUAUGUUGGGCACCAAAAGAUUGGUUCAAUUGUGCCACCGCAUGCGUAACGUGGAGGCGCUUGUUCACGUCUCGACGGCAUAUUGCAAUUGCGAUCGGCAUGAUGUCGCCGAGGAGAUUUAUCCGGUGGGGAAGGAGCCCGAGCAAGUGAUCGCUUUAACAAAGUGGAUGGAUGACAAGAUGGUCGAGGAGUUAACUCCAAAUCUGAUUGCUGGCCGACCAAAUACGUACACAUUUACUAAAGCGUUGGCCGAGCGAAUGCUCCAACGGGAGAGGGGUUCUUUACCAGUGGCGAUUGUCAGGCCGUCGAUCGUGUUGUCAUCCUACAGAGAACCGGUCGCCGGUUGGGUAGACAAUUGGAACGGGCCUACCGGGAUCAUUGCUGCCGCCGGAAAAGGCUUCUUCAGAACUAUGCUGUGCCGCAAAGAUAAAGUGGCGGAUUUGGUGCCCGUUGACAUAGUGAUAAAUCUAAUGAUUUGCGCGGCAUGGAGGACUGCCAUGCAUCGCACCGACACCAUCUCGAUUUACAACUGUUGCACCGGUCAGCAAAAUCCAAUAACAUGGAAGCAGUUCGUUGAUCUAUCGUUCAAAUAUAGCCGGAUACACCCGGCAAACGAUGCGCUCUGGUAUCCGGACGGUCGUUGUCACAGCUCCAUUAUCAUAAACAAAUUGUGCGUGACGCUUCAGCACACGCUACCCGCGCACAUCUUAGAUACCUUAGCAUGGCUGAAAGGCUCGCGGCCGAUAAUGGUCCGUGUACAGGCGAAACUCUCCAAGGCUGCCAAGUGUCUGGAAUAUUUCAGCACGAAAGAAUGGAACUUUAGAGAUGACAACGUACGACGACUCGGUGAGCAGCUCAGUCCGGAGGAUCGGGAAACAUUUAUGUUCGAUGUAAGGCAGAUCGAUUGGCCGUCAUACUUGGAGCAUUACAUCUUGGGAAUACGACAGUUUAUUUUGAAGGAGAGUCCGGACACACUGCCAGCUGCUCGUUCACACAUCACAAAACUUUACUGGCUUCACAGGGCUAUGCAAUUCGGGAUGCUGAUAAUAAUGUUGCGCGUUUUGCUAUUACGCAACGCCGCGACGCGAGGAGCCUUCUUUUCGCUGCUGUCUAUCGUACUUCGUAUAUGCCGCUUGAUUGUUUGACGGCUCAGAAUAGGCCCGGUCGAUGAUUGCGAUCAGCGUAACACGAAGCGGCCGCUAUCCACGGAGCGUUAUUUAAACGUACGAUUUGUUCUUCGACCUCGUUGCUCAGCCUCCUCAACGAUAAAGCGCUACCUUCAUACCACUUAUCGAUUGGCCUUCUCGAUAUUAAUCGUUGGCGAGUAACAUCAUCGGUUAUACGUAUUUGAUUUAUAACAAAAUGUCGGUUACCGAUUCGAUUGUGCGCGAGUGAACAAGAUCUUUGUGAUGAAAUUAUCCCCCGAUAAGUACAAGUUCUCAAAUUUUGCAUAUAUCACAAUAAUAAUAAUAAUAGUUAUUAUUAUUAUUAUAUUACCAAUGUUAUUCCUUAUAUUAUUUUGUGUGAAAUCAAUUGUCGAUUUCUAUACAUAUAGUAGUAAGUAGUAUGAUCGUCAUUGCGUGUUCCAUUAUGCUAUAGAAUAAAAAUAAACACGCAUCGCCACUUGA